GAGGAGUUUUUUCUUCUCUUAUUUUCUCUUGCAUUUAAGAUUAUUGCAGCCUCGCGUCUUCUCAAUGCACUCUUACACUGCGCAUCCUUACCCAUAAAUGCCAGGUAUCCAAGUACACGACUGUUCUGGAGUUCUAAAGUAAUGGAAAGUUAAUCAAAAUCUGUAAGAGAUUCCCGACAACUAUGAGCUUUUGUGAGGGUUUUGAGGUUUAGAAAGAUAUUGGAUUCGGAUAUUGAUAGUGUCAGGGUGUAAUCAUCUUGGAGUAUUUGAUGAUGCGUUUGAGAGAAUGAGGAAUUGAUAGCGCAUGGGGCCACCAACUUCAAACCAAUCAUCUUCAUAUGGGUUACAUCAAAAUACACCCGCGAUGGCGCCAUCCGCCCCUCCAGUGCAUCUAGAAGACAUGAGCACGAUACUCCCAACCUUACCCGGUUCUUUUAUACCUCUGAUACGAGAAAAACGAUGCCUCGCUUGGAAAAAUCGCCGGUCUACAACCGAAGUCAACAUACCUCUAUCCACAGCGUGGCCUUUGUUAAACACGAAACUACAGAUUCCCCAGAAAACAUAAUCCAACAAUGCGACUGUAAAAUAACAGAGGCCAGGUCCCAAAUAAUAAAAUAUAACAAUGGAAACAACAAUGUUCAAGGCCAUCAAUUUCUAUCGAAUCUGAUAUGCCCACGAGUACUUGGAUUAUUGAGUAAUAAAGAUGUUCAGCCGGUACUUGUUUGGAAUCUAGAUGUCUCGGCUCGCUUGAAGUGGAACGUUAUCAUCUAGACAAUCCUCAUUAUGGAAGAACCACUUACAUGAUUCUUACGCGAGGCCCUACUAGCCCAAUCUCACAGUUAAUGUAGGACGCUGCAUCUUCAUAACUUAAUACGUGCCGCUUGGAUCAAAGACAUUUACUGCUCAAAGCCUAUAUUGGUCUUUCAUUUCAUGCCCACUUGACACUCCUGUCGAACUGGCUCCUGCAUGCGUAAGUAUCCCAAAAAUAGAAACUGCAAAAAUGAUGCUAUUAACCGGCUGCAGUGAUCGAGGUUGUGGAUCAGCUCUUGACAAGGGUUUCCAAAACCGUGGUUUGCAUGUUUUCGCUAUGGCUCGUAAGUUCUCCAAGGUGUCACAUCUCAGAGUUCCUCUCAACGUUACGCUACUGGAGCUAGAAGUUAUCAAUUCGCAAAGCAUUAUUAAUGCACUCGAUGCUGUCAAAGCUCAGAUGAACUGAAGACUGGGCUGUUUGGUGAGUAGCGCGGGUGAAUCAAGGGUAAUGCCUGCCUUGGAUACGGAUAUUAGAAUCGAAGAUCGAUCUUCGAUGUUAAUUUUUAAAGUGUCAUUGCCAUUACGCAAGCUAGUGCGACUAGUGUUAAAUUAUUACCUUGAGUUUUAAGAUUGCAGCCCACGAGCACUCUCAUAUGUAGGU